UAAAACAUUGGAUUGGACGUGUCACGUGUGUUUGUUAUGAUAUUAAUGACCACGAGGUGUUUUAUUUUGCGGGAAAUACACAUCCAAGUUACCCAAAUUCAAAGAUUUCUGAAUAAGUUGGAUUUAUAGCAAUGAUUUCGUUCGAAGUGAACAAUAACACUUGUGAUCCAUAUAUUUCUCGACCAAGAAGACAGCGACAUGAUUCUGGACGACAUUUUGACUCGAAUGGACCAACAGAAAGGCAUUUGGACAUCCGAGGGGUACUGGAAAUCUUGAGGAAGAAUGAAAACUAUACUGGCGGUGUCAAUUGUGCAGUUUGUGGAAAAUUAUACAAAAGCAGGGUGUGUUUUAUAAAGCAUAUCUGGGAACACACUGUCUAUUGGGAUGAGUUUGAUGGAGCCAAGAAUCACGAGAGAGUGUUGUCAAUACAAGCAGCUUUGAUUUUACAUACAGGAUUCCAAGUGCUGACCCUGGAAGAAAGCAAUCAGUUGGAAAAUUUGUUGGUGACGUCGCCUAAUGAGAAAAAAGAAUCAGAGUAUGGGUCUCCGGAUUUCAAGAAAAGGCCAAGAACACCAAAGAAGUCACCAUGGAAACGAAAGAAAUCCUUUGAGUUAUGAAACUUGGAACUGUACAGGAUUUGUGUACAUUUGUAACUAAAAGUAAAACAUUUUAAUAUUGUUAUUGAUGUAAAAUUUCUUAUGUGCAAUAUUUUUUUUUGUGUUAACAGGGCACCUCAUAUAUGGAGUAUAUCUGGUAGAUAUCAAUUCAAAUAUUAUUUACAAUGAUUUGAAAGUUUAAUUUGUUUGUUGUGAUUUUUUUAGGGGGUUAGAAAAUGUAUCAUUUAAAGUUUAAAGAUGCAUUAUAUAUGUUUGAAGAUUCUGCAUUGAAUUAAGUAAGUAAGUAAGUACAAAUGUAAGUAAAUUUUAUUUUGAGACGGCAUAUAUAUAUAUAUAUAUGGACCAUAAUUUGGUAUUCGGCCUUUGG